GCCUACUUUUCCCAUCAACCCCCUCUGUCCCCGGAAGAAAAAGCCGUGGUCACCAUUGCACUUCCUUUUUCCUGCAACGGGGCUUAGGACACAAUGGGACGCGUUAUAAGGGGACAGAGGAAAGGUGCGGGCUCCGUGUUCAAAGCCCACGUGAAGCACAGAAAAGGUGCAGCCAAGCUUCGCCACAUUGACUUCGCGGAACGUCAUGGCUACAUCAAAGGGAUUGUGAAGGAUAUCAUCCACGAUCCAGGUCGUGGUGCUCCACUGGCCAAAGUAGCCUUCCGUGACCCUUACCGGUUUAAGAAGAGGACAGAGCUCUUCAUUGCUGCUGAGGGUAUCCACACUGGACAGUUCAUCUACUGUGGCAAGAAGGCUCAGCUAAACAUCGGUAACGUCCUGCCCGUGGGCACCAUGCCAGAAGGCACCAUCAUCUGCUGUCUAGAGGAGAAGCCAGGUGACCGCGGGAAACUUGCUCGCGCAUCCGGGAACUACGCCACCGUCAUCUCCCACAACCCAGAGACCAAGAAGUCCAGAGUAAAGCUGCCUUCUGGUUCCAAGAAGGUCAUUGCUUCAGCCAACAGAGCUGUUGUCGGUGUGGUUGCUGGAGGUGGCCGUAUUGACAAGCCCAUCCUGAAGGCAGGUCGUGCCUACCACAAAUACAAGGCCAAGAGAAACUGCUGGCCACGUGUCCGUGGUGUAGCCAUGAACCCUGUUGAGCAUCCAUUCGGAGGUGGUAACCACCAGCAUAUUGGCAAGCCCUCCACCAUCCGGAGAGACGCCCCAGCUGGUCGCAAGGUCGGUCUCAUCGCUGCCCGUCGUACAGGCAGACUGCGUGGAACAAAGACCGUCCAGGAGAAGGAGAACUAACUGUGUUCAUAAUAAAAUGUUCCAAAAGAACAA